GUUGUGACUUUGCACCGAAGUGCUAAAUCCAGUUGCGGAUCUACACGCCCUAGUGCUUUAGUGUCGGGGCUUCCUUCGAAAGGAAAUAACGGUGCAGCCUGGUGUCUUUUUCUGGCUUGGAAACGGGAGAUUUAAGUGUCCUGGCAGGGCAGUAUUAAGAUUUCCGUCCUCCCUCUGAACAGACUGGUAUUCGAUCGUGAAUAGGAUAUUUUCAGAAUAACCACAGUAAGAUGCGUGACACUCGUUCCCCUGCAUUGAGACAGCCUCAUUGUCUGUGACAAGAGAACAGAGCAUCCGCUCCCUGGGUGACAGAGGAACAGGCAGCAACUUUUGCUACGGCAGCGUGCCGCGGAGCCCGGGCGCUGUAGGUUUCAGCGCGGGAUCCAAGCUUUAUUGGGUUAGGUGUGCACAGCUUUGCAGGGACAUGCACAGAGGCAAAGUGACUGUUGUUAUGAUAACUCUGCCAGCAGCAGCAGCAGCGGCAGCCGGUCGGGAGAGAGGAGUGUGCAUGUCAUAUUUUAGGGAGUUGUUGUUUGGGAGUUGCACAGCCAGUCCGACGGGUUGGGCCGGGGCUGGGAGCCCCAGCUUGCCAGUGCCGGGAGUCGCCUCCCUUUCCCCGGACUGCAACAUCCCCCGUCCCGGAUCCUCCUCAGGGGAGGGGAAGCUCAGCGGAUGCACUUUGGGGCUCCCAGGCUCCCCUCUCCCGGCUCCAGCCGGCACCAGAGCGGGGCGAGGAGGAGAAGGGGGAGAGACAAAGUUUCCCGGCUCGCUUCCGGGACUCCUUGGCAAGACGCGGCUGGAGCUGAGUCCGGGCGCCUCGCUCUUGCCUGAUCCCUCGCGGGAGCUCCCAAGCGGGGCCUGGAGGGCAAGAGGAGAGCAAAAGGCAUAGGGGUGCCGCGGAAGAGGCGCGGCGGCCCGGGCUCCGGUCCUGCGGUCCCCGAGGCUCUAGCGUGGCUCUGGCAGCGGGCUGGGUCGGAGCCGUCGAACCAUGGAGGUGCGGCUGGGCCAGGCGCAGCCGGCGGCGGCGAGGGAGCAGCUCGGCCCCGCGGAGCAGACCCCGCGGAAAGGCGGCGGCGGCGGCGACUGCAGCAAAGCGCAGGAACGGGGCUCGGGCAGCAAGAGGGGAGCAGGCGCCCAGCCGCUGCUGUCCUUGGCGUUUGAGGCAGCAGGAUACUCGCAGCAGCAGCCCGAGGAUCGUCACGAUGGCACCAGCAACGGGACAGCCCGGUUACCCCAGUUGGGGUCUGUAGGUCAAUCUCCCUACACCAGCGCCCCACCGCUCUCCCACACCCCCAACGCUGACUUUCAGCCCCCCUAUUUCCCUCCGCCUUACCAGCCCAUUUACCCCCAGUCUCAAGAUCCUUAUUCCCACGUUAAUGACCCCUAUAGUCUGAAUCCCCUUCAUGCCCAGCCUCAACCCCAACAUCCAGGAUGGCCAGGACAGAGACAAAGCCAGGAGGCUGGCCUCUUACAUACACACCGGGGCUUACCCCACCAGCUAUCCGGCCUGGACCCUCGUAGGGAUUACCGGCGGCAUGAGGAUCUACUACAUGGACCCCAUGGGCUCAGCUCAGGACUAGGAGACAUUCCUAUCCAUUCAAUACCUCAUGCUAUAGAAGACGUACCGCAUGUAGAAGACCCGGGUAUUAACAUCCCAGAUCAAACUGUAAUUAAGAAAGGUAAGCCAUUUCCUUUAGCAUUCCAAGCAUGUCCUCACAGGCUGGGCACUAUUGAAGGCCUGGUUGGCAUCUGCUCACUGGCGAAGUCUAAAAAUGGAGGGAGAUCUUUGAGAGAAAAACUGGACAAAAUAGGAUUAAACCUGCCAGCCGGGAGACGUAAAGCUGCUAAUGUCACCCUACUCACAUCACUAGUGGAGGGAGAAGCAGUGCAUCUAGCUAGAGAUUUUGGGUAUGUUUGUGAGACAGAAUUUCCUGCCAAAGCAGUAGCUGAAUUUCUCAACCGACAACAUUCCGAUCCAAACGAGCAAGUCACAAGAAAAAACAUGCUUCUAGCUACAAAACAGAUCUGUAAAGAGUUCACCGACCUGCUGGCUCAGGACCGAUCUCCACUGGGGAAUUCUCGGCCCAACCCUAUCCUGGAGCCGGGCAUCCAGAGCUGCCUGACCCACUUCAACCUCAUCUCUCAUGGAUUCGGCAGCCCUGCGGUGUGUGCCGCUGUGACCGCCCUGCAGAACUAUCUCACCGAGGCGCUCAAGGCCAUGGACAAAAUGUACCUCAGCAACAACCCCAGCAACCACACAGACAACAGCACCAAAAGCGGCGACAAAGAGGAGAAGCACCGAAAGUGAGGAUUUCCCCCCUUCCCGCAUCCAUCCAUCCAUCCAUCUAACCAUCCAUCCAUUCAUCCAUCCAUUCCCUCCCAACUCCCUCACUCCCUGUCCAGUCACAGCAACAGAAUCAGUGCCCUUCUGCCCAUCCUGUUCUCUGACUCUGCAGGACUAUGCUGUCCUUCCUCCCUCCGGCCUUCAGCACUUCCAUUUGCUCCCAGUUACUUCCCCACACCUCCUUACCUUGGUUUGGAGCCUGAGAGAACAGAACUGGGCAAUGGAGCCAGCAAAGAAAAAAGUUCUGUCUGAGUUUGUGAACUUUUUUUUUAAAAAAAAAAAAUCAAAAAGAGAAAAAUACAAAAAAAACCAAAACAAAAAGAAAAGGAACUGUUUUUCUAAAAAUAUAUAAAAAGAAAUAAAAACAAAUUAAUAAAUAAUACUAAAAUAUAAAUCUAUGAGCUUCAUCGGACUGAAUCACCAACUCCCCUUUCAUAAACUUCAGUUAAGAUUGUAGCCAUAUUAAAAAAAACAAAACAAAAACAAACCUAAGCAAAAGGCAAAAAGGAUUGAUGACAUUUUAUCAGUAUUGUGAAUAAACUUGAACACAAAACACACACAAUUCCAUGUCAUGUCUUCAGUUGUAGAACUUUUUCCUGUCCAAGGUAAAGCCACCAACUUGAACUUUCUAUUGCAACACGAUUCACAGUUAUUAUAUAAGGGAAUCAGUGUUUAUGUAUGUAUAUAUUUAUUUAUGUGUAAUUUAAUGGGAAAUGUAAAUAUGGUGAGUCUGUUUUAAGCUUUUUUUUAUUUAUCUGGUGAUCUUGUUUACCUCUUGUUUAGUGGGUUUAAAAUCUUCCCUUCUUAGUUCAUCAUGUGGUUCAUAGUACUUACUUAGAAAUCUGAGGGGGUUUUUGUUUUCUUUUGUUUUUCUCUGGGAUUCAUCAUUUUUUAGCCCUGUUGUAGCAUGUAAAAGGCGACAAUGAAGCAGCUGAACAAACAAAAGAAAAUUGAAUUUUUAUAUACAAUUAGUAUUACAUUUAGUUUCUCAUUGAAAAAGAAUAAAAUGAUGUUGGAUCCAGGAAAGAUUUUUAAACGUUAGUGGUUUUACAACUCUUAUGUGUUGUGGAAAAAAAGAGUUUAUUUUCAUCCACUGUCCUGAAAGCAUCAUCAGAGCAAUAAAUUAAAUAUUGUCUUUUAGAUCAAGGUUUAGUUUUUCUUUUCUUUGCCCUUCUUCCCCCCUGAAAGAACUUCAAAAAUUUGGGACCACCUGGUAUCCUGUAUUUCCACUGGCCAUAUUGGAAGCAGUUAUAGUUGUAUUGUAUUGAGUUGUGCUGGCAGUAGUUUCCAUGCCUGUCAAUGUAUCAUAGUCCUUUGUUGCCCAGAUAAAUAAAUAUUUGAUACGCUUUAUGUCGAUUUUUUUAUUCAGUGGCUGUCUUUACCCAGGCGUAUUUUUGUUCUUGGCAGUAUUUUUUAUUCAGUAUGGUUACAGUAAUUGAGUUUAACUCUCCCUUGACAAUUGCUCUUUGCAAUAAGCAGCUGAACCCAUUGUUUCCCUCAAGUAUAAUAAAAACUUACUUUCAACUUGGAGUUCAGAGCAGGGUAUCAUUUAGAUAUUCCACUGAGUCUGUAUUCAGACAAAUGACACAAUAAAACACAAUGUAUUCUUUUGGAUAAAAAAUUGUCUGUACUAGCAAAGAAAUGACACGCUAUCUUUUCUUUUACCAAAACAUAAUUUUAUUUUUAAAAAAUAAAGUUUUAUUUUAUUUA